CCCGCCGGAGCCCGGCGAUGCGGGAGGGCGCGGAGACCCCGGCCCCAGGCGUGUGCGGGGCUCGGCAGGUCCGGCCGCUCCUCCCGACGGCUGCGGACAGAGCCCUCCCUCGAGUUCCCCACCCCACGGCUGGACCGGAGCAGCCGCCCCCCGGCACAUGCAGCUCCCGUGAUGGGGCCAGGGGCUUGCUGGGCCGUGGAGCCCACCUUGGAAGUCCAGCGUUGUCAGCCCCUCUGAGGCAUCACAAGCUGUAGCACACAGAUGAGUUUGUGGGAUCCUAGCACGGGGGCUGGGCAUGUGAUGGGGCGUUUUGGUGUGGGGGGUGAAAGCUGCUGUGUGUGUGUGAGCUGGUGUGGAAGGCCCUUCUCUCUGACACCCGGCCUCUCCUCUCCAUUGCCUGCCGUGUUGUGCCGCCUGCUCUGGCUGCUUCCCCCACCCCGCAGUACAUGGGGUGCAUUGAGGUGCUGCGCUCCAUGAGGUCCCUCGACUUCAACACCAGGACACAGGUCACCAGAGAAGCCAUCAACAGACUAUACGAGGCAGUGCCGGGUGUGAAGGGCAUCUGGAAGAAGAAGGCUCCCAACAAAGCCCUGUUCUCCAUCCUGGGCAAGAGCAACCUGCACUUCGCUGGCAUGAGCAUCGCUGUCAACAUCUCGGUUGAUGGGCUAAACCUCAUGAUCCCCACCACACGCCAGAUCAUCGCCAACCACCACAUGCAGUCCAUCUCCUUCGCCUCCGGUGGGGACAUGCCUGCCACAUCCUGGAGUGCUGCGAGGGGCUGGCACAGAGCGUCAUCAGCACGGUGGGACAGGCCUUUGAGCUGCGCUUCAAGCAGUACCUACACAGCCCCCCCAAGGGCACUGGCUGCAGAGGAGUCAGCCUGGGGGGAGGAUGAGGAGGUGGCUGAGCACGAUUACUACAACAGCAUCCCAGGGAAGGAACCUCCCCCAGGGGGCCUGGUUGACUCCAGGCUCCGCCACAGCACAGCCCUGGGCCACGUCCGCACUCAGCCCUCCAGCUCUGUUCCCCCAGGCCAGGGCGGGUUAGCAGCCAGACGAGACCCGAGCAGCCAGCUGGGGCCACCCUGGGACCUGGAGAGCCAGGGCCAGCCCUGCGACGGGUACCUGCAGGCAGACAGCCACGGCCUGGGGCCACGGGACUACGAGGAGCACAUGUACGUGAACACGCAGAGCCUGGAUGCCUGGGAGCCGGAGCUGGUGGCUCAUGGGGCAGCGGAGGAGAGCCCCAAAAAGGACCUCUUUGAUAUGAGGCCAUUUGAGGAUGCCCUGAAGCUCCACGAGUGCAUUGCAGGGGGUGGCACCAGCCCCCCCAUUGAGGACCAGUGGCCCAGCCCCCCCACGCGGAAGGCCCCGAUCGCCCCCACGGAGGAGCAGCUCCGGCGGGAGCCCUGGUACCACGGGAAGAUGAGCCGGUGGGAUGCUGAGAGGCUCCUGCAGAUGGACGGGGACUUCCUGGUGCGGGACAGCCUCACCAACCCGGGGCAGUACGUGCUGACCGGCAUGCACAGCGGGCAGCCCAAGCACCUGCUGCUGGUGGAUCCCGAGGGAGUGGUGAGAACCAAGGAUGUGCUGUUUGAGAGCAUCAGCCACCUCAUCAGCCACCACCGGGAGAAUGAGCAGCCCAUCGUGGCGGCAGAGAGCGAGCUGCACCUCCGCCAGGUUGUACAGAGGAAGCAGUGAUGCCGAGGGGAGAGGUCUUGUGGUCCCUGGCCCUGCAGGUUCUCCCUGGCUGCUGCCUACCUCCAUCAUCUGCUUGGGGCACCUUGCCCAGCUGGACACAAAGACAUUUAAUUCCACACGUACAGGUGAAAUGCUGUUGGGGUGGGAACUGCUCGGUGGUCUCAGCAGGAGGGACGGAGCCUGAAGCCCCAGGCAGGGCUGCCCUCACUUGCCCCAGCACUGGAGUGGGGGCUGGUGGACAUUGCUGUAGCCCCUGGCUUGGCUCUGCCCACGGGGACAGGCACGACCACCUCUUGGACACUGGUGCUGUUGGAUGUUCCUGCUGGGGACAUCCUUUUUCAGCUGGAUUCUCCCCAGGAAUGGCUGCCACAUGAUGCUCCCUGUGACCCCAAGCCCCUGCAGCCUUCCCCAGGCCAUGGCCAGGAUGGAGCUACUGUGGGAAGGUGCAGGGCAGGGCUGAGCUGCUGGCACUCUCACGAGGUGUCCCAUGGCCCAUGGGGGCUCCCUGGCCAGCUCAGGGCUUUGGCAGGUUUUUAUGGCACACAAAGCCCCCUUUACCUGCCCUGUGUCUGCUGCUGGGCACUGGUUUGUGGUUUGGAAUAUAUUUCUAAUUAAACCUGGAAAUGAGCAAGGAACACAGGUGGUUCAUGCCACUCCUGGGCAUGGUGCUGGGACAGGUCUCCAUCACUGCCUGUUCCUGCCUGGUCUCACCUUGGCCAACCCAUCCUGUCCAGUCACACUUGUCUCUGCCCCUCUCUCCCCCAUGGAUCACCCAGUGUCCCCCUGGCUUCAGAGUGGCCUUUGGCACCCAGGGCUGGCCCUGCACAGCCUCUCCUCCUCACACCUGGCAGCUCCCUGUCCUGCUGGCUGCUGCCAGCUCCCCUCUUGCCUCUUCCUGGAGCAGCACAUGGCCACCCACUCCUGAGCCUCCUGGAGUGGCUCUGAGUGGCACAAGCCAAGCUGUGACCCAGUAGUGAAUGUGGCAGCCAGCAGAACCAGAGCCGUGGGUGGGCCUGGCUGUGGUUCCUGUGUUACAGGUGGGCAGCAGCCAGCUGGGGGGUCCAGUCCUGGCUGGUGGUGGCCUGUCCUGGCUCUGCUCCAUGUGCCCAGUGCUGCUGCCAGCACCCACCUCGGGCAGCAGGGUCACCCCAGCACCCUCAGCCCCUUGCUGGGGAUGGCCAGCAUCCAGGCUGGCCAGUGCCGGCUGAGCCAAUGAAUAAAAUAAGCCCCUAAAUAAAGCCCAGUAAUGAA